AUGGAGAUCAUGAAACAACAACGAGAAAAGGAUGCAAGGGAACUUGCGGCCUUGAAAGCUGAAAACGAGGCCUUAAAAAAGGAUAACAUGUCAUGGAGACCCUCUCAAGCGACAAACACUCAAACUCAAGGAUCUUAUCAGUCCCAGGCAAUUCACACCUCGGUUCCCCAUGCUUCGGCACCAGCACCUGAAAAAUUCCAUUCGGCCCUCCCCACAGUUGGUCGUCCUGCAGAUGCGGCAACUAUCGGAUCGCACCGACAUCCUUUCACCCCCUCUAUUAUGCAACUCCCCCUAAUGGACAAUUGGAAAUCUCUGCCUAUUGACAAAUAUGAUGGUACAACAGACCCUGACGAACAUUUGGAUGUUUUCUUGACGCAGGUAACUUUGAGCACCACGGAUGAUUCAGCGUUGCGUCGGAUUUUUCCAACAUCCCUCAAGGGCAGGGCCUUAAGUUGGUUCACUCGGCUCCCUCCCAAUUCCAUCAACUCAUUCAACACUUUAUCGUCUCAAUUUACUAUUCAGUUCACUAUGAGUCUCCCUCACAGCUUGACGUCUUUGUCGCUGGUUAGCCUUCGGCAAGACAAGAAAGAGUCGCUUCGAGCUUUCAUGGAUCGGUUCAAUAAGGCAACCUUGGAUAUCCGCGACCUUAACCCCGCUGUAGCGUUGCAUCACCUUACAAUAGCCUUAAAACUGGGGCCAUUUGUUAAUAGCAUUUGUAAAAAGCCUCCUUUGGGCAUGAAUGAUUUAAGGAGAAGGGCUGAUAAGUAUAUGCAGAUGGAGGAGUUGGCGGAGUAUCGUAAGCAGGCCCGAGCUGGGUCGUUGAGCAAGGUAGAAAAGCAAGCGGAACAGUCAUACAGGGGGAGAAGGAAGGAGAUAUCCCUUCAGGAUCGGCCUACUCGGGGUCCAAAGUAUAAUCAAUAUACUCCCCUCAAUGCUAGCCGUUCGGCGGUACUUGAACAAGUUUUAACCUUAGAAGUAUUGACAAUUCCAAAGCGAGCAGCCACACCACCACGUACGGAUACUAGUAAAUCUUGUCGGUAUCAUCGUAAUCGUGGACAUUCUACUGACGAAUGUUCAGCCCUUAAAGACAGAAUUGAAGAUCUGAUUAAGCAAGGAAGGAUGAUGGCUUGGUCUAUCGUGGCUGAAUAUCGCCUCUCCAGGCUCUGCCUCUGUGUUUCUGACGACAUUGGCAGUUGCAUACCUCCGUUGUUUCUGACGACGGGGUAG